AUGGUGUUGAUUCAUCUAAUUUUCUAUUAUAUACUUGUACUUAUUACUGCAAUUAGCGAUAAUGACGACGAAGGAGAUUUUCAUCAGCACAUACCUUUCUUCGUAAUGCAACCACAUACUGUGAUUAAUCAAACGUUACAUUCAUAUUGUAAAGAGCAAUUUGAAUUCAUUGUUCAACCCAUGUUUCUAAAUUUAACUCAAUGGCCAUCAGGAUUUAUUUACGCACGCAAUCCUCAACAGACCAUUGACAAUGAGGACCGAGACAUGUUUUCCAUUCAUGAAUGUACGACGGAAUUACAUGCAUCACAUGGCGAUCGUAUCCGAUUAGUUUUCUAUCCUAUUGUUAAUCUACGAAAUGAUUAUGACCAAGAUUAUUUCCAAUCCAUUCCUCGAGCGCCUUGUUUGAAAGUUCGUGACAAUUUUGAAACUACAACAUUUGAAUGUCCAAUGAUACUUGAUAGAACUAAAUAUACAUUCUAUAAUCGUCACUCAGAUGAUUAUCUAUCGAAUAGUAAUGUCAUUUACUUGGAAAUCAUUCCACCACCUGCGCAACUAACGAAUGAUUAUGAUGACAGUUAUCAUCAAUUUAAAUUAUUCUUUACUACAUUUACCCCGAAAUUUCGAAUACAUAAAACAAAUGAAUACUCUCCUUGUCCGAGAAAGCAUUUGCUCGAUUGUGAAGAUGCAUACUGUGUUCACAGCAAUGCACGUUGUAACGGUAUAUCGGAUUGCCGUUCGAAAGUCGAUGAAGACUUUUGUCAACAGCCAAUUUCGUUUGGACGAUCAAUCUCUCCUAUCUCAUAUUUCUACAUUCAUCUAUUUAUCAUCAUUAUUCCAUCUACACUUUAA